CUGAGAGGGAGCGACGGGAGCAAAACAGAGCAGAUGAGGUCCAGGACUCAUAAUAAAAUGUAUUGGAGCCGGGCCCUUCUCGCCGGCUGGGCUCUGCUGCUGCUGGUCCAGCUGCUGUGUUUAGAGGCAGUGCCAAUCAGUAUUGAUAAGACAAAAGUCAAAGAGCCAGAAAAAACACCCGAAGAACCUCCAGCUAGUGUGGACACUGGACUCCACUACGACCGCUACCUCAGGGAAGUCAUUGAUUUUCUAGAGAAAGAUCAGCAUUUCAGAGAAAAGCUUCACAAUACAGACAUGGAAGACAUCAAGCAAGGUAAGCUGGCCAAAGAGCUGGACUUUGUAAGCCAUCACGUCAGAACCAAAUUGGAUGAGCUGAAGAGGCAGGAGGUAAACAGACUCCGAACUCUGAUUAAGGCCAAGCAAGACCUUGAAGGGGGAAAUGACAUAGCAGUGGACCACCAGGCUCUGCUGAAACAGUUUGAGUACUUGAACCACAUGAACCCACAUACAUUUGAAGUGGAUGACCUGGAUCGACUCAUCAAAUCGGCCACUAAAGAUCUGGAGAACUAUGACAAAGAGAGACACGAUGAGUUCAAAAAGUAUGAAAUGAUGAAAGAGCACGACAGACGGGAACACCUGAAAACACUGGACGAGGACGAAAGAAAGAAAGAGGAGGAGCACUACGAGGAGAUGAGGAAGAAGCAUGCUGACCACCCGAAAGUCAACCACCCGGGUAGCCAAAAUCAACUGAAGGAGGUGUGGGAGGAAGCUGAUGGUUUGGACCCUGAAGAUUUUGACCCUAAGACCUUUUUCAACCUGCAUGACACCAAUGGAGAUGGCUUUUUUGAUGAACAGGAACUGGAGGCAUUGUUCACAAAAGAGCUGGAAAAAAUUUAUGACCCCACCAAUGAAGAGGAUGAUAUGGUGGAGAUGGAGGAAGAGAGGCUACGUAUGAGAGAGCAUGUCAUGAAUGAGGUGGAUUCUAACAAAGACAGGCUGGUCUCUUUAGACGAAUUCCUGGUUGCUACAAAGAAAAAAGAAUUCUUGGAGCCAGAUAGCUGGGAGACCCUGGAGCAGAACCAGGCUUACACGGACGAGGAGAUGAGGGAGUUUGAGGAGCAUCUUGCUCAGCAGGAACAUGACCUGAACCAGAAGGCGGAGGACCUCAAGAAACAGAGAGACGAGCUGGAGAGACAACAAGAGCAGCUUAAUGCACAGAAAAUAGAGCUGCAACAGGCAGUUGAGCAUAUGGAACGGCUGAAAUCACAGAAAGUAGAACCCCCUCCAGAGGUUCAAGUUGAAGGAAAUGCUGUCCCAGAGAUGCAUAAAUUGGACAACCAGUUGCAUCUUGAACAAGAGGCUCAACAACAAGGGCAUCAGGCUGCACCCCAAGCACCUCAGGAACACCAUGAACAACAAAAUCAUGUCCUGACACAGCAUGGGCUCCCCCAGACACACCAGGACCUGCCACCAGGCCACCAAGAAGCUGCACAAGGCCAGCAUAACCUGCCAUAAAUAUACUGUCACAACUUGAACCUCCACAGCCAGACUUUUGCAGCACCUGCAAGGAGAGUCCCUCCUGAGUAUUAGGCCUCUUUAACCGGCAUGACCUAGGGGGUUUGGAGGACACUUGAGAGAGAGGAGAGCAGCACAAAAGGAACCCCUGUUGAAUGACACCAGUGUUUGAUGAUAACUGUAAUCCUUGGAUUACAUAACAGAAUUUCACUAGUAAAAUGACCAUCUAAAAAUGUGCAUACUUAUGUUUUCAAGGAGUUUUCUUUGAUUACAUUAGAAAUUAAAGACGAAUGUUUGGAAAUACAAUUAUAGGAACAUAUAAUUUUGGUGAGCCGCCUUGACCUGUUGUUUGCUGUUCAGAAGCUCUAAAAAUGGCAUGCCACUGACUCUCCGACCUGAUAGCUUUGAUCCAAGAUAUUGGAUAUGUGGAUGUUGAAUAUGUACAGGUCUGCAGCUGAGGCGGAUAUGAUGAAAAAAUUAUUUGUGUCUAUUUUAUUAUUUUGACUUUUUGAGUUUCUGACUUGACUAUCAAGACGCCCCCAAACAUCUGUUUAAAAAAAAAAAAAGACAAAAGAGAGAGACGUGUGACUUGUGGUGAAAUGUGUUUCACUGGACUGUGGACUGUGGUAAACAUUUUAGAAAUUGAGUGCAAGAGGCAUUUUUAAGAUUUUUUAUUAGAGCAUUAAGAGCCUAAAAGAGCAAAAUACACAUCAUAGACAUUUGAACCAGUAUACACCACGGGAAUCAUUUCACUUAAUAAAAGUAAGGACUUCUUGAUGCAGACAGGUACAUUAUAAAUCUAUGAGGGUCCGGUCAGAUCUUUGUUAAAUACAUGUUUAUUUUUAAACUUCCAUCAUCAUCAUAGCUGCCACUAUCAAAAAUUAUUAUAAUAUUUUAACCAGAAACGCCCCCCUGAAGCCAGGUUUCUCAGAGUCCUUAUACUUUUGUCAAGAAAUCAUACUACCGAUACUUUUGCUACGUUCUUAGUGUUGGUCCUGGUUGCUGUCAUAACCUGUGUUACCUACCUUGAUAUAUAGUUAGACUUUCUCAACUGUAGAAAAUGUGUGCUCUGUCUAAAAAGACAGGCAGGUACAGGACUACAGAAACUGGCCCUUUUUGGGCCACAUCGCAGCUGCUGUCUGUUGAGUUGUUAAAAUAAAUAACAGUGCUAGGUUCUUUAAAAAAAAAAAAGGAUAGAUAAAUAUGGAAGAUCCCUCCAUUCAGCAAACGUCAUCAAAGUCCUGCAGAUGCUUUAUUACAUGGAAGCAUUGGGCUACUUACAGUAUGCGUGGAAUUGAAAUUUGCUUUGGUACAUUUAACUGUAUGAUUUAAAUUUUGGUCUAUUGUUUAUGCACAAAAUGUGUAUGUGACAUGUUUGAGUUGAUCAAAAUUGAUCUUGAUUUUUAAUUUGUUUAAUAAAACAGUUUUGAUGUUAAAAAGCAAAUUUUAUCAAUUAAGGUAUUUUUUUUGUCUCUGAUUAAUAUUGUCUGUUAAAAGGGUGAUAUCAAGAAAACCUCUUAAUUUGCGUGCAGUUCAUUGUAUAUGGCAUCAGAUGUUUUAUUAUUGGUCCUGAUUUGUUAAAUUAAAUAGCAUGGCCUCUUUUCCCCACAGAGUACCAGUUUGGUAUAAUUGCUGUGCCAUCCAGGUUGCUUUUUUUUCAUGUAAUGUCAUGGUUUCUUCUAGCUGGCAGACGGUGGCCACGGCAAACAGGUGUUGAUUUACUGACCCUUUUUAAUGAAGGCUUCAUUUGCCUUGUCUGCCUUAUUGUGGGUUUACUUUAUACAAAAUGUAAACAUUGCAUACAUACUGUUCUCUUACAUGCUGUUUUCAUUUUGCUGUGUCUUUUGUUUUCUGUGUGCCAAGUGUUCCUUUGAGACAAUACUGCAUCAUAAUUUGCACAACAUGUACAGAGUGUGUUUUCCUAUUGCUUGCUGUUAGAUAAAAUACAGUCAUUUGAUGAUACUGUACAACUCAGAUCAAGAUAAUAAAACAGGAACUUUCA